UGUGUGUUUGUGUUUUCUUUUUCUCUCUCUACAUUUUUACGGCUGUUCUCUCUCUCUCUCUAAAGCCUGAGGUGUGUUUAGUCUGCCAACGCCUUUAACUAUUUCUCUCUCCUCUCUCUCUCCUCACCACAAUGUAAAGAAUGCUGCAACCUCUGGUUGACGUGUUGAACUCUCUCUCUCUAGGAAUUUCUUACUGUGGUUUCUCUCUCUUCCCAAUGAAGUAUUAAACUCCCCCUGAAUUCAACCGUUGUCUCUCUCUCUCAGUUAUUGAACCCCCCAUAAACCUACAAUCUCUCUCUAAGCGGUCUACCUUCCCUAGAACAACCUGCUCCCUGCCGGACUGGUUUUACGGGUUCAAAUUCCGGCCAUUUUCGGGUUCUCUCUCUUCAUUCGGUUUCUCUCUCUUCAUUCGGUUUCUUUCUAAGCUGUAACUUGUUCCGUUUUUUAGAGAGAGAAAAAAUCUUAAAGCUUACGCAUUUGUCUGGUUCUUUCCAUAUCAUGGGUUGAUCCCAUUCUUCCUGUCCUCUUUAGUUAAAGACGCUGUUUUGUUUAUAUUCUCUUCCCUCUUUCUAUUCUUCCUCUCUCUUCACUUUCUAUUUCUUCUUCUCUCUCUAGAAUACCCACUAUUUUUACGGCGAAAGUCGGGUGAUUGUUGCAGGUGCAAAGUUUCAGAGAAUGGGUUUAUUCCAUUAUCAUUGAACUCUUAACUGGUUUUCUGACAUUCCCCGAUUUAUCUCUCUUAAAUACUACUUGAAAGCUGCUUCUUAACCACUAAACUCCACCUGAAAAUAUUCUAAAUCUCCUGGACUGGUUUUUCCGGUUAAGGAUCCGGCAAUCCGAAACGACCCAAGUUUCAGUUGAGUUGCUUUCUCAUUCUCUCUCUAAACUCCGUCAACUGGGUUUUCCUGCAUUUUUCUCUGUCCUCCCUAAAAACCCAUUUCAUUGUCUCAAAAACGCCAAAACCCAUCUAACAAUACGCAGGUUUUGUAGAGAGAAACAGGGGAUUUUCUAGAGAGAGAAACCAGGAGACCAAAUAUUUUCUCGAGAGGGAAACAAGACAAGCAAUAUGAUCAAGGGCAGUGAUCUCUACCACGUUUUAACAGCAGUUGUUCCUCUUUAUGUGGCUAUGAUCUUAGCUUAUGGCUCUGUAAAAUGGUGGAAAAUUUUCAGUCCAGACCAGUGUUCAGGCAUUAACAGAUUCGUGGCCUUAUUCGCCGUUCCUCUUCUCUCUUUCCAUUUCAUCUCAACCAACAAUCCUUACGCCAUGAAUCUGAGGUUCAUAGCAGCUGAUACUCUUCAAAAGCUCAUUGUUCUCUCUGUUCUCUUCUUCUGGUCGAAAACCAGUCGAAGGGGUUGUCUCGAAUGGGCUAUCACUCUAUUUUCUCUCUCUACACUGCCCAACACUCUGGUUAUGGGUAUUCCCCUUCUCAAAGGAAUGUAUGGUGAUUUCUCUGGCUCUCUAAUGGUGCAAAUUGUCGUUUUACAGUGCAUUAUAUGGUACACUUUGAUGCUUUUUCUCUUCGAAUACAGAGGAGCCAGGCUUUUGAUCUCAGAGCAAUUUCCUGAUAAUGCUGGUUCCAUUAUAUCAGUUGCAGUGGAAUCAGAUGUCCUCUCCUUCGAUGGGAGAGAGCCAUUGCAAACUGAAGCGGAGAUUGGAGAAGAUGGGAAGCUCCAUGUUAGAGUGAGAAAGUCGACUUCUUCUCGCUCGGAGAUAUUCUCUCGUCGAUCGCAAGGAUUGAAUUCAGGAAACUCCAUGACCCCGCGACCUUCGAACCUCACCAACGCAGAGAUUUACAGUCUUCAGUCCUCGAGGAACCCGACACCGAGGGGUUCGAGCUUCAAUCACAGUGAUUUUUUCUCGAUGGUUCAAGGAAAAAAUGCAGGAGUUAGUCCUAGGCAAUCGAAUUUUGGGAAUUCGGGGGUUGAGGAGGAGAGAGAACGGGCUAAUGGGGUGUAUCAUAAUCUUCAUAACCAGAAGCAGGGGAAACAGGGGAGGAAAGAGAAUGAGGGAAGGGACUUGCAUAUGUUUGUUUGGAGCUCGAGCGCUUCGCCGGUUUCAGAGGGUGGGAUUCAUGUGUUUAGAGGAGGGGAGUUUGGGCAUGAAAACCAUGGUGGUGCUGACCUGAGGUUGGGGAUGGGUCCUCAUGGUGGUGAAGUUGCUAAAGAAGCCAAUCAUGAAAGCUAUGACGAGUUUGGUAGAGACGAUUUCAGCUUUGGGAACAGGCCAUUGUCUCAGGGUGAUGAGUCUCUUCCUAGAGAUGGCCAUGGACCCAGCCUUUCUAAGUUCGGUUCGAGCUCAACAGCUGAGCUCCACCCGAAGGCAAGUGGCGAUGGCGGUCCGAAACCUUCGGCUAUGCCUCCAACGAGCGUGAUGACCAGGCUCAUUCUCAUCAUGGUCUGGCGCAAGCUUAUUCGAAAUCCCAACACUUAUUCAAGUCUCAUUGGCCUUACUUGGUCUCUGGUUUGUUUCAGGUGGGGCAUACAAAUGCCUGUUAUUGUUGCACGUUCCAUAUCGAUUCUCUCUGAUGCAGGUCUGGGAAUGGCCAUGUUUAGUCUUGGGCUUUUCAUGGCUCUGCAGCCUAGGAUCAUUGCCUGUGGGAAUUCUAUUGCAGCUUUUGCGAUGGCUGUUAGGUUCCUCACAGGCCCUGCUAUCAUGGCUGUCGCCUCCAUUGCUGUGGGACUGAGAGGUGUUCUCUUGCACGUUGCGAUUGUGCAGGUAAACUCAAAAUGACAUGAGAGAGAGAGAGAGAGAGAGAGAGAGAGAGAGAGAGAGA